GAACUGAAACUUGAUUCCCUGCUGGACGGGACAGGGCUACAGAUCUGUCGGUCGGUCACCAUCCGUCCGUCUCGAACUGAUAGUCAUCUCGUGUGUUGGUGUGAAUGACAUAAGCCCAUAGUGAAUUUCUUUUGCUUGUCUCCCGCCUUCGGUCACGUUUGAGAUUGUGGUUCCAGCGAUAGAAAACUUUGGCAAUUCAACUAACACCAUGCUUAACACACCAAAGGUAGCUGCUGGCAUAAAAAUUCUUCAGCGAUUUUUCAACAUUCCAAGAAGGAAGAUGCAUGAAAUUCCUCUAUCAAAGGAUCGUUACGGCAUUGAAAGGGGCCCAUAUGCCACCAUCACGGAGCAGGACAUCAGCCAGUUAGGAAAAAUCCUAUCGGCCAAAAAUCAAAUCCUACUAGGAGCUGAGGAGACCGCUGGGUACAAUCGAGACUAUUUCCGGUACGUCCGAGGACUCGGAACGCUCGUAUUAAAACCACGCAGCACGGAAGAGGUUUCCGCUGUUCUGCGCUAUUGCAACGGGCGUCGGUUGGCCGUUUCCGUUUUCGGAGGCAACACCGGAGUUUGCGGUGGCUCUGUGCCAGUGUUCGACGAAAUCGUCCUUUCGAUGGAGCUGAUGAAUCGAAUCGUUGCCAUCGAUGAAUACUCCGGAUUCCUGGUGUGUGAGGCCGGUUGUGUUUUGGCUAAACUUGAGGAAGAACUAUCGGCGAAGGGGAUGAUCAUGCCUCUCGAUCUUGGAUCAAAGCAUUCGUGCCAGAUUGGAGGAAACCUAGCCACUAACGCUGGUGGCAUUCGGCUGAUGCGUUAUGGUAAUCUUCACGGAUCGGUUCUGGGUUUGGAAGCCGUCACGGCCAACGGAGAGGUUAUAGAUCUCAUGUCCAACUUCAAAAAAGAUAACACCGGUUAUCAUCUUAAGCACUUGUUUAUUGGAUCGGAAGGAACGCUUGGUGUUAUUACGCGUGUGGCGGUGUCUUGUCCUGUGGCUUCGACGACGCAAAGCGUCAUGCUUUUGGGUUUAAACACGUUCGAUGCUGUGCGACAAACCUUUUUGGAAGCCAAAAAGCAACUUGGGGAAAUUCUCACUUCAUGUGAAUUGUUUGAUCAAGAAGCUAUGCAGUGCACCGUUGAACAUUUGAAAACAUCAGCUCCCAUCGAUACUUUUCCUUUUUAUAUUUUACUCGAAACAACCGGUUUGCAUAAGAAACAUGAUGAAGAAAAGGUUCAAAAUUUUAUGGAAUCUUCAAUAGAUGCAAAUAUAGUAAGCGAUGGAAUCAUAACUAGUGAACCAUCUAAGGUUGAGAAAUUGUGGCAACUGCGGGAACGAAUACCGUCUGCAACCUACAGUAAUAACUUUUGUUUGACGUAUGAUUUAUCGCUACCGUUAAACCAAUUUUAUGACAUUGUCCCUGCAAUGAGGGAACGAGUUGGUCAUCUGGUGAAUGUUGUUUGUGGCUUCGGACAUAUAGGCGAUAGCAAUCUUCAUCUUAACAUAGCCGGCGACACACUUACCGAGGAGGUUCAAAGACUAGUUGAACCAUACGUUUACGAAUUUACCGCCAAGCUCAAAGGCAGCGUUAGCGCCGAACACGGAAUUGGUCUACUGAAACCCGGUUACCUAAAGUAUUCAAAGUCGGUUGAAGCAAUUGCGCUUAUGAAACAAUUAAAGUUAAUGAUGGAUCCUAACGGUAUACUGAAUCCAUACAAAGUUUUAAUCUAGGAAACAGCGAACAAAUAA